UCCAAGUGUUUCUCUAACCCUGUUACAUGGCGACCUACAUCAGCAAUUGAUUUUUCGUCAAAGAAGCUCGAGCCUGGUCGGUCAAGCAUGAGCCACAAACCCCAUGAUGCGAGACACCUGAGUCUUUGCAUUGAGACACUCUAGCCAACAGUGUACCAGUUUCUUGUCCCGAGACAACACGUGACGGAAGUACGGAGCUGUGUACCUGGCUACUUCAUCAAUAUUCAUAAUCAACACCUGGAGAAGGGACUAGACCUACCUGUAUGGACAGAUAAUUGACGCCAUACACUGCGACAACACUUCAGACAGUGUGAAAUGUGACUGGCAGUGAAUGGAGCUGUACGGAGGCGAAGUGACGCACCAUAGAGCCCCCUGGUCUGACAAGACGGGUGUAUGAAUAAUAACUUACUCUGCGGUCGUUUACAUGAGGUCCACCCUAAAUAGAUAGGCCAGCUCGGGAUACUUGUGGAGGUGGUGUUUGAAAGUGUUGUCAUCUCAUGCUGACAAGAGUGUACAAGCUAGACAGAGGAAGGAAACUGUACAGGGGAUUCAACUGUACCUCCAUACAGGUGUGACCUCGUUAUAAACUCUCAAGCAUCAGUGAACAGAGCCAUUUUAUACACAGCAGAGAUUCUGAUAAAUGGGAUAUGAUUUUCACCUGAAACACCCCAUCAUCGUGGUAUUGGUGUAUAUUGUGUGAACAAGUGUUGAAUACAGAACUAUUAACAGACUCUCUGUAGUGUGAAGGAUACAAUUCUGAUUGGUGAUUCCGCCUGACACCCAAAUACAGGUACAAAACUAUAUAAAUAUAUUGGAUCCUUGGUGAGAGUGUUGUGAAGGAUAUUGCAACUGUAAGUUAUAUCAUAUAUACAACAGUGCCGCCAGACUCAAGGGAAUAUUGACAUUGUUCUACAAGCUAGAAGGUUCUUGGUUAAGAGAUAACCAGACUGUCUGUGUUGUAUAACAUUUCACUGGAAGUUAUAUAACACAGUUAUAUACCCCAGCCCUGACUGACACAAGGGAAUAUGGUCGCUUUUGACAUACUAGAAAGGUUUUAGUUCAGCAAUAUCAGGAUGAGAACUCUCCUUUAUUUGUGUGGACAUAUAUCCUCCCACACUACUGACAAACUGUGAGACUUAGUCUCCACUUAACUCACACCAGACAGUGUGCCGUGAUUAUGAUGUUUAAACAUUGGGCUGUGGAGUGUCAGCAUACAUGAUCACAUUGACAGAUUUCCUGAUACAUAAAAGUUACAGAAAUAUACCUAUUGAAAGUCGCAAGAGCUCCAGUUCCCUUUCAAUAGGUGCAAUGGUGUAAGCCUUUAUGACAUGGACCAGCUAUAAAGUCUAUUUGAACAGUGGAUCGUGAGGUGGCAACAAUAAGUGCACAAGAACCCAGCCCUUAUUAAUCUCAACUGGAACCUUGCUGGAACUGCAGCACUGAAUCCACUAAAGAUAGCAGACACAAUAUUGUUGACAGUGGGACGAUUGGAAAGAGUCCAGCAUCAUGAACGACCUCUCCACCAAAAAGCGACAUGCCUACACCAAUGGCUAUGCUAACAACCUUCAUCACACAAUCUCCCACAAACCAGUGAUUGGCACCAAGUCUAUGGGCUUCACCCAUAAGAAACAGGGACAGAAAUACGCCACCACAAAGUCUCUCCCUCCCAAAAGUCGUCAGUCACCAUGGAUGUCAGUGAGCCGAAAUGAUCGGUCGGCCAGCAGUUCUACAUAUCGAGGACCUCGUGGGAGAUUGGUGCAUUCCUCUACAACCUUCCAUAAACAUCUUAAAGAAAAGAAGGAGAAGUCAAUAUCUUACUUUGAUAUUGAACUGGAAAAAUCUGAGAAAUACAUCCUUCGACCCGGAGAAGAACUUAAUGGAUCGAUUCACAUGGAGAUAACCAAAAAUAUUGAGAUCCGUUUUCUAGAACUGGUAGUGGUAGGUCAGGGUUUCGUGACAAUAAGGAAAAAUAAACAAGGUGUUCAAAAAACACAGAAGGAAACAUAUCUGUGUAAAAGAUCAUAUGUGAUUGGGACGUCUGAUGCAAGAUGGACAUCCGUGUUGACCCCUGGGCACUAUGUAUCUACUUUCAAGGUCAAACUGCCAAAGGACCUCCCCAGUUCUCUCCACUUCCGGGACACAGCAAGUGGACUUUCCGCCGACAUUGGCUACUACUUAAAAGCAAGACUCUGUGAUGACAUAGGCUCUUCCUCCACUAGAAGUAUAGUAUCUGUCAACAAUGCUGUCAAAGUACUCUUGUCCAAGAGACAGAUAUUUACUGUUCAAAGAGCCUUUGAUGUUAACUUGAUCCCAAAUGCUAUGACCCCUGUAGUCCACGAUGAAGAAGUGAUUUUAUCAUGUGGACCCAACAGUGUAGCAAACUUUACACUAUCUCUAGACCGAGCGGUGUUUCUUGCUGGUGAUGACGUUCGACUUCAGAUUUCAUCCCAGAUUCCACCAUCACAGAAGAUAAAAGACAUAACUUGCAAACUACGGCAGCAUGUAAAUCUGAAGGAGACUGGAGUGAGGGAAUGUUAUAUCCUUGCCGAAAUCUGCAGAAAUGCUCCUCAAGAAGAAACUUUGGAUGUCACCAUUCCAACAAAAACUCAUCUCAUCUCAUCCUUUCUGACAGGCAGUAAAAAACUAAAAGUCACGUACACUCUGGACAUUGACAUCAGAAUGAGACCUGCUGGUGGUAAGGUGUCUUUUUCAAUCCCUAUCGAGAUGGGUCCCUGUGCUGAGCCCAUAUAUGCUGAGAAGACAGCCUCUCGGAAAUUUGUACCUGUUUUCAAUCGACCAACAAGAUUUCCAUGUUUCUCAGCCUCUCAAAAGAAGAGCCCUGCCCUUAUGGCGGAUCACAUUUCUCGAAGCUCUCAGUCCAUCAAUGUGACGACAAAGUACACCAAUACUCCUUUAAGUCAGUGCUUGUUGUGUUGCUUCAUGGGAUCUGUAGUGGACUAGGCUCCAGCUUACCCAAAUGACCAAUGUUCUUAAAGAGAAACCACAAUUAUCUGGACAGUUUCAGGAAGGAAACACCAUAUUCUGGAUAAGUGCUGUUCAAAAUGUUGAGAGGAUGCAAGGGACAAUAAACUGUAACCAAGUUCAAUGUUAUUAUCAAAGGUGAGAAAACUACCAUUGGGAUUUACAGGGUGUACUGUAUCUAGUUGUGGAGGGCUGCAAGGUCCAUAGAG